AGGUUGCCGGGGAGACGGCCGGUGCCCCGGCUCUCGACCCGCCGCCUGACGCAAUCCGAGGCGCCCUUGCUGCAUGCCAGGCUGGGGAAACCUCCCUCGCCGUUGCAUCACUCCUGACAGGGCUGCUGCAGAGAAGGAGCCGAGCCAAUCAGCGGGCGCGAUGGGGCGGGGGCCGGCCGCCCAGUAACCCACUCGCAGGGCGGAGCGGUUAAGCGGCCAGCAACAUCCACAGGUCAUUGGCCCCAAAUGGGGUGGCCCCGCCCCAAUCACCGCGGCAGCUGGCGGCGGAGGGCGGUGCCUGCCCACCGGAGGGUUUAAAAAGGGCCUUGGCCGGGGCUGCGCAGCUGGAGCGACUCAGCGGUGCCAGGCCAGGUGUGCGCGUCCGUCGGUCCUUCCGUGCCCGCGCCGGAGACCUGCCCGGAGGACGCCCGGGCCCGUCCCUGUGCCCGGCACCAUGAAGCAGGCAUCCGCAGCCCAGGACACCUCGCCCGCCUCGCCGCCCGCCUCCCCGCCCGCGCAGCCCCCGCGGGACGAUGGCGAGCCCCGGGCGCUGUGGAUUUUCGGGUACGGCUCCCUGGUGUGGAGGCCCGACUUCGCCUAUAGCGACAGCCGCGUGGGCUUCGUGCGCGGCUACAGCCGCCGGUUCUGGCAGGGAGACACCUUCCAUCGGGGCAGCGACAAGAUGCCUGGCCGAGUGGUGACCCUUCUCGAAGACCAUGAGGGCUGCACUUGGGGCGUGGCAUACCAGGUACGAGAUGAACAGGUGAGCGAGGCUCUGAAGUAUCUGCACGUGCGGGAAGCAGAGCUCGGUGGCUAUGAUACCAAGGAGGUCACCUUCUACCCCCAAGAUAACCCUGACCAACCACUCAAGGCAUUGGCCUAUGUGGCCACCCCACAGAACCCUGGGUACUUGGGCCCUGCACCGGAGGAGGCCAUUGCUACACAGAUCCUGGCCUGCCAGGGCUUCUCCGGCCACAACCUUGAGUACUUGCUGCGCCUGGCAGACUUCAUGCAGCUCUGUGGGCCCCAGGCACGGGACGAGCACCUGGCAGCCAUCGUGGACGCUGUGGGCACCAUGCUGCCCUGCUUCUGCCCCACCAAGCAGGCGCUGGGACUGGCGUGAGGGGCUGAGCCCUGCAGGGAGUGCCCACAUGGACCUGGGGGCCAGGUGCCCACGCCUGUGCACACAGACAGACUUGGUACAGCUGGAGCCCACUCAGGGGACUCAGUGGGCAGCGAGGGCUCCUCUCCCUGAGCCCCUGCCUGUCCGUCGGUCUCCAGCUCUCUCCCGCCUGACAUUGACUUACCACUUGAAACUAUUUAUUGCACCAUGUUGGUGUGAUGGGCAGAGUGGGGGGCCUGCCCUGGACACAUGGGCCCUGCUGAGCGGUGUCCCGUCCCUGAUUCCCCUCCGUGCUGCUGCUAACCCCACACCACCCAGCCCUCCCCCUCCCCCUCUAACUCCCUAACCCCCAAACCAUUCCCUGGCCCCAGAAAUACCGCCUGCUGGUAAGGGCCAGCAGGGAGUGAGGGGAUGGGGCCCUGAAGGAACUGAGGCCCCUUUCAGCCUUGUUCAUCCCCCAGGUCCCCAGGGCAAAGCUAGAUCUGGAGCCCAGGCAUAGCUGCUGGAGCUGGGCCUGGAUCUCUCACCCGCUAGGCUUUGUUCUCCUGUCCUGUAUGUCUGUCUGUGCAGUCCUAUCUGUCUCUCGUUUAUUCCUGGGAAAUUGAUCACUAGGCCUCGGUGCCAUCCCAUCUGUCCCUUACUAUUACCAUAAACUGCUGUCUUAUUAC